AAAAAACAAAAAAAAAAAAAAAAAAACACACUUGAUCGUCAGGCUUUGGGCAAAGGGAAUCGGGACCUGCUAUGCAUCACACCCUUGCCGCAGAUAUGAGCAACCAACUCCAAAAUACCUCUUCCUUAAAUACACUAAACUGGUUUUCGCAGGAAGGGAGAAACUCUACGACGGUCACAACUGCUGAUCUCCGGCCGGUGUCUGUCAACCCUUGGGACAUCGUGUUGUGUGUGACGGGGACCCUCAUAGCCUGUGAAAACGCUAUCGUUCUAGCUAUUCUGUUCUACACACCCACUCUGCGGGCGACCAUGUUCAUCUUAAUCGGAAGUCUAGCCUUUGCAGACCUGCUAGCCGGACUCGGCCUGAUUAUGAAUUUCACCUUCAUCUACCUGCUUCAUUCAGAACUUGCUUCUUUACUGUCCGCUGGGCUGCUAAUAGCUGCCUUCUCUGCCUCUGUGUGUAACCUCUUAACAAUCACUAUAGACCGGUACCUGUCUCUAUACAACGCUUUGACGUACCACACGGAGCGGACAGUGGCAUUCACAUACACGGUGCUGGUCGUGCUGUGGGUGCUAUGCAUCACUCUGGGAUUGUUACCCGCAUUGGGAUGGAACUGUUUGAAUGACGAGUCCUCCUGCAGCGUUCUGAAGCCCGUCACCAAAAACAACGCGGCGGUCUUAUCUGUGUCUUUCUUGUUAAUAUUUGCCAUGAUGAUGCAGCUGUACCUGCAGAUCUGCAAAAUCGCCUUCAGGCACGCACAGCAGAUUGCGGUCCAGCACCAGUUCAUGACCACUUCGCACGCCUCUUCGACCACGAAGGGGGUGUCUACGUUAUCUAUUAUUCUGGCGACCUUUGCGUUUUGCUGGAUUCCUUUUGCGGUGUACUCCCUGGUCGCAGACUACCGCUAUCCCAUGAUAUACACCUACGCUACGGUCCUGCCGGCGACGUGUAAUUCGGUCAUUAAUCCUUUUAUUUAUGCCUUCAGAAACCCAGACUUUCAGAAGUCCCUGUGGGUGGCGUGCUGUGGCUGUGUUCCCACUAACUUCUCCUUGAGACCAAGGACAUCCAGUGAUGUAUAGUUCGGGUGGGCUUAUUACAACAGGACUAUAGUUCCCAAGUACCCCUGGGAGAUAUGCCGUUGGAACAACGUAUUAGGAGACGUUACACAACAA